GUCUGUCUCUGUUGCCAUGCAAUUGGUUUGGCCACCAAUUCAGUGUGUACCCCGCCUCCUGCCCAAUGAUACAUGGGAUAGGCUCCAGCACUCCCGCUACCCUUUUGAGGAUAACUGGCUCGGGAAAUGAAUGAAUAAAUUAUUAUUAAUAUACUUUUAUAAGUUAACAUGCUACUCAAAUUGGGCCAAAAGGCCUGUGUCACCAACAAUUGUUAUCCUAUAUUCAUUCCAAAUGUGCUUAAUGAGCUUGAUGUCAGAGUUCUAGUUGAAUGAUUGGAUCUUGCUUUGUGCAGGGAGCCAAAGUCACACUAGAAAAAAAAAUGAGCUAUUGUGGCUCUCUGACUUUUGACACCAAGUACAACCUCAAAAAGUACCUGGCAUUUCAUGUUCCACCGCAAUGACUAACAUUAAAACACAGCAGCAAGUGUUCAUGAAAAACAAGGCACAAGUUUUAGUCCUAAAAUGUACAUUAAAUAUUGUUGUAAGCUGCUGUAACACAGUUUCAACAUGAACACAUAAACACAACAUUGACAGUGUCAUAAGUUGUUGUUUUUUUAAAUAGGUAAGUAUAUAACUGUCUUUAAUGUAUUUUCUUAAUUUUAACUGUAUCUUUUAUGAACCUUGAGUUUUAAAUAAUUUAAUGGGAUUCAGGGUUGCUGAAGAUGAUCCCAGUGAAAGUGAGAGUCAGCAUUUAAUUAAGCCAAUAAACAUAUUUUGGGGAUGUGGAAAACCCAAACAAGCACACCAGGAACAUAAAAAUUCCACACAGAGAUAUUCCAAUCCAGAUUAAAACCAAGAUAUCAUGACUUUGUGUCAUGUUCUCUGUUUUGGUUGGGUUGGUUUUGUUUAUUCUAUUUGUCGGGUCUCUGUGGCUCCCUCUUGUAUGAAUCCAUUUUCUGUACCGCCUCUCAAAAAGCUCAUAAGAGUUCUGCAGCCUCACCCACCUGGGCAAGAGGCAAGUAUACCCUGAACUAGUCGCUGACCAAUCGCAGGGCACAAUUAGACAAACAGUUCUUCACACUCACAUUCACACCUACAGGCAAUUUAAAGUUUUCAAUUAACCUACCAUUCAUGUUUCUGGGAUGUGGUGGUAAACAGGAGUACCUGUGGAAAACCCACGCUGGCACUGGGAGAACUUGCAAACUCCACCCAAGAAGCCCAGAUUUGAACCCGAGUCCUCAAAACUGUGAGACAGAUUUGUUGUACACUGUUCCGCCUGUAUGCAUGAAUAGAAGAGUUGGUCCAUCUGUGAAACAAAACUACGGUGGUAGUUUUUUAAGUGGUUCCAAUCCAAGAAGUUUACAGAUAAUGUGUAUUCUAGUACACCUUACGUUUUUUGUAAGAAAAGAUAAAAGAAAAGAAUAGAAAGUCAUUAAAACAUAACUUUUAUGAAUGACACAAAAAACAAUUCAACUGAUGUUUUAUGAUUCUGGUCAGUUUCAAAGGUGUUCUGCAUUGUGGGCCGUCGGUUUCCCCAAACAUAGUUUUUUUUUUUUUUAAAUCGUGUAUGAUCUUACAGUAUAUUUCAGGUGCUCUAUAGAGAAGUUAGUAUAGGAGGCCCCGUAGCUCAGUGGUUAGAGCACUGGUUUGGUAAACCAGGAGUUGUGGCUCCACUCCCUGAGAAGGGUUGCGUCAGGAAGGGCAUCCGGUAUUUAAAAGAAAAAAAAAUUGUGCCAAACAUAUAUAUGCGUUCAUCUGAGAUGACAGGCUGUAGCGACCCCGAAAGGGACAAGCUGAAAGAAUCACACUAUAGAGAAGUUAGUAUGGAAAUUUAUGGCCCAUUGUUAAGAGAAGCUUGAAAUGUCAUUAUCAUAAAAAUGCUCAAAGAGAAGUUGCUCUUACGAGGAGAGCAUGCAAACGUCUGCGCCGACAGAUUCCAAAACAGAAACCUUGUUGCUGUGUGAAAAUAUCUCCUUUCGAUUAACAUUUUAAUGGGUUUUUUUUGGUACAUUUUCAAAAAUUUCUAGUUUAUCAAUUGCCUCAAGAACUACAUUGUGGUUGUUUUAGUUGAUGGUUUUGGGAUGAUUAAAAUGAUCCUCAUCUAUUCUAUUUUUAAAACCUUCACAGCCUUUAAUUGUCAUGAAAGCCUCUUCAAUUGUAUCAUAAUCUAUCAACGCAGUUAAAUGUGAAAGUAAAUUGGCAGCAAUAAUGUGGUCAGUGUCAACAAAAACAACAAAAAACAAGUUCAAGGGAGGAAGAAAAGAACGAGGAUGCUCAAUAUAUGAUGUAUUGAGCAUCUUUGACCACCAUGUAUAAAAAAUUCAUGAAGGCUUCUUCUUUUCAUGAUUUUUGCAACAGUUCAACUUGACACCAAUCAGAUUUAUUCUUCUUUUUCUUUGAGGUUCAAAGAAUUCAUCUUCAAAGUAAAGACCUGCUAUGCCCAAUGCUAUCUGUCUUCUUCUUUUCCGUUCUUCCCCCCUCGUGUGCCAGCUGGCAGGCGAAAGGAAUGGAAUCGCAUGUAAAUGAACAGCCCUCCUAACUUCUGCCAAUAUCUUCCUCUAUCUGUGAUACUUUCUGCAGUUGUAGGAGGGCACUGCAUCAUUAUCUAGGGGGAGGAAACCAUUUAGUUGGAGAAAGGGACAAUUAGGAACCACUAAAGUGGAAAACCUCUUUUCUGUAUGCUAAUGAGUUUUUCAGCAGUUGAUGGUGAUUACUGCUAUUUUUCUCCCCAAAUUGUCUCUGUUAUUGUUCCCUUUACAUAAAACUGCAUUUAUUCUCCCCAUCACAGCAUUUAUUGGGGCCACAAUACUUCCUUUGUAGCAUCUCGGAACUAGAAUGAAAGUUGAAAAGAGAAUGCUUAUUUGAAUCAUGAAUAUAUAAACUGGAAGAAAAAAACGACGCGUGAGUGCAUCGAUAAUGUACCCUGGGGAGUAUUUGCCAUACAUUCCCCUCAGCUGUCAUGCAGUCAACAGGGAGGGGGGUCAAGACGAUGUCACACUUUUCUAGCUGAAGGUGGGGCAUUGCAGAAUGUGCUGGGAAAGACAGCAACUGCCUGCUAUCAACGUAUGUCACAUGAUCAACCACAUGACAGGGCUACAGUGUAAUUAACAUCUGCAUGGUCUCUUUUACACGACGAGCUUUCUCUCUGCUCCUUGACAAAAUAUGUAUUUGUUUCUUUUCUAAAGCCACAACUGUGUGAGAUGUGAAAUUAAUAUCUUAAAUGUGGGACAACUGCUGAGGAUGACAUUUUAAUUUAUGUCUUUAGUUUUUGCUGCUUGUAUUGAAGCAUGCCAUAUCGUCACAGUCACAUCAGACCGCAGUAUGGUACGAUCAAUAGUGACUUUUGCUACAAGUCAAAAAUAAAUUAUAGUUUUUAGUAAAAAUACCAGGUUUCUCAAAAUUCACAAGGCACAAAGCAGUUCCUCGAAACAAGGUGGUUAUUUUAAUCCAACCCCGUGAUGAUCUUCAUGAAUGCAUAACAUACAAUUCUUCUUCAACCUGUACCGUGUGUAAAUAUUCACUUUCUGGUGUAAUAUAGGAUCUCUUCUUGAGUAAAAGAGUGCCACGCUAAAAUAAAACCAAGACUUGACAAGACUUGUAUACGUUCCUCUGUGUCCCAGAUUCCAAUCCAAUCCAAUAAUUUUUUCAGGAAAAGGCUGUAAUUAAAAUAGUAAUUUACAUUAGCUUAAUGAAUUAGUAACCAUUAUGAAUGUGCGUGAAUAUACAGGACUGUAUUAUCAAAGCAAUGGGCAUACUUUCUCAAGCUAUUGAAUGAUAAGCUUUGUCCCGAUUUUGAACUGCUUGUAUAUUGAAAGGCUAAAUAUUAUCUUUCAUGGAACCUAUUAAAUGUUGUUUCGGUUAAGAUCCAUUGCUGUUUAGGCGCUUCACCAGGAGGUCCUUAAUAUUAUGUUAACUGCUGUAUGCCCCAAUCGAAAGGUUUGCAAUAUGUCUAAAAGGAUAUUGAAAAGGAUAUACAGCAUAUAGCUUUUUGGUCGAUGGCCCGAGACAACCUGUUAAAUAAAGAGGAAAUAAAAAUGCAGAGGUAGGGGAAUCUGAUUUGGCUGGUAGAAAAACAACUCCAUUUUAGAAACUUCCCUUUUUUGCUGUUAUUGCCAUACAGGUAUCUGAUCUAGGAAAAAAAAGAAAGGGUGCCUUUAAAUUUCUUAUCAGUGAGCAAGUAACUGCAUGAAAAGUGGGUUGGCAAAAAUACAUUCAAAUCUACAUAUAAAUCAUCUUGUGUGCAAAACUCCCUACCUCUGAUCAUGUUCCGGGUCACAGGGAACUGGAGCUUGCCCAUCCCAGUGGACUUUCGGUGAGAGAUGAGAUGUAUCCUGAAAUCAUCGUCAGUCCAUGACAGGCUGGAUCUGACAACAUUUCAGUGCGUGGUUUUAGGAGGAGUUCGUGCUGAAGGAUCACACUGUUCAUGUGUCAGCCAAGUCCAGCGAACCGCAUUUUUUCUUCAGAUGUCCACUCCGUUUGAAGGAAGCCAGCAGCUGGAAACAGAAAAAUUCCACGCAUCAAAAUAUAAAGCGCUUUUUGUCGUGACAAGUCCUGACGGAUGCUUGGGGGUGCAGGACAGCCCGGCGCCGACCUGCGGGGACAGCAGUGACAAGAUAUCGCUGCAGCAGGAGAAGCCGCUCAAGAUGAGCCGAAGUCCCAAAUGCGCCCGCUGUCGCAACCACGGCGUGGUUUCGUGCUUGAAAGGUCACAAACGCUUGUGCCGCUGGAGGGACUGCGGCUGUGCUUGCUGCCUGCUUGUGGUCCAGCGGCAGCGAGUCAUGGCCGCGCAGGUCGCACUGAGGAGGCAACAGGCAGCGGAGGGUAAAAGAGGUGUCAAAUGUGUAACUUCCUCACAGAGAACUUUGCUUCAGUGCUCUACUGAGACUGCAGAGCCAAGUGUGCUGCAGACCAAGAGACUUCUGCAUGGGCUGACACCACAGGAGGGGAACAGUUCCUGUUGUUUAAAGCAGACACGAUGUGACCAUGCAUGCAUUCCAAGCCCCACCGUUAGUACCCGCAUGAGGAAAAGACGUACGUUUGCUGACAAGGAGCUGGAGAACGCAAUGCUGGAACGCGAGCUGAGACAGGGAGAGUUCCAGAAUGACCUUUCCUUUUCCUACUCGACCUUCUUCCCCACGCUUCAUCCUGUGCCUCUACCUAUCACGCCGACCUUGCAGUCAUUCAACAAAGUCCCUUCAUCUGCAGCGUCAUCCGGCUUUGGGUCUGGGUGUAGCCGAUGUAAGCCACUGCAAGAUUGGGACUUUGGUUUCUAUCACUGCUUUCAUUUCAGGAGCACAUCAUGUACAAAAUGUGAGUUCCAGCUCUGCAAAAUCUCAGGGCAAAAUAGAGAUAAGAAGGAUGAGGUGAAGCAAAGUUGGAAUGGCUGCGAGAAAGAAGACACAUCAGAGCUGAUACCUUUGCCAUCACGACAAACUUUCAGUCACCAUGACAGCACUUUGUUGUGUCAGGACCUCAUCAAAGCUCAGUCAAAACCAGGAGAAAUUCAAGACUCCAACGUCACAUGCUCUAUUUUUGUAUCAGAUCAGGGGAUCCUGGACUUGCCAAAUGUCAGAGCCCACAGCAGGACCUUUGAUCCGUUCGUGCUGACAGCUAGAGGCUGGUGCGCUGACACUCCUGCUGCCCUGACACGUCCUGGUGAAGAGUCUGUCAAGAGCCUUCCUGGCAGCUCAAGCAGGACUCCAGCUGUGAAGCUGCUACCUUUCUCAGUAGAGGCUCUGCUGAGGGCCUGACAAGCCAAUGGAAAGCACUUGGCUUUAGUUUGUAUAGGGAUCACGUUGACGUGAACUAUACAUACAGAAAAGGUUAGUUGGAGUACACUGACAGGAGUUGUUUUGUAUUCAAAAUGGAAUUUCAUUCAGAACAGUGACUGUCACCAAAGAUGAACAGAAAAAUGCAUCAGUGCCAAAUACCGCUGUACCAAAAUGGCAUGUUUUUCUUAGGCCAAGACCCACCCCUGUACAAAGUGACAUGGAAAAAAAACAAUUUUCUGAGCCGCUUAUCCUCACAAGGGUCACAGGAGUGCUGGAGCCUAUGGUGUCUAUCGUCGGGCAGGAGGCAGGGUACACCCUGAGCUGGCUGCCAGCCAAUCGCAGGGUUUAUGGAGACGGAGAACAGUUGUACUCACAAUCACACCUAGUGGCAAUUUAAAGUGUCCAAUUAAUGUUGCAUGUUUUUGGGAUGUGGGAGGAAACCAGAGUGCCCAUAGAAAUUACACUCAGGCACGGGGAGAACAUGCAAACUCCACACAGGUAGAUUUGAAUUCCAGUCCUCAAAACUGUGAGAUUAACUCUCGAACCAGUUGUACCACCAUGCUGCCCAAAAAAACUUCACAAUCCUAAUCAAUAACAAAAAUACGACAACAUCAGCGAUACAAUUAUGGGACAUGAAAAUCUGUUUUGCUGUAUUUUUAACUGAAUUAGAAUUCUAAGAAUUAAAUCAUCUUUGCAUUGUCUGCUAUCAUGUUUUGUACCAUUAUCAUACAUAAUUUAUAUCACGUGAAGUCAAACUACCUUUACCUGCCUGUAAGUAUUCAGCAACCAUACAAAGUCUGAACAAAACUUUAAAGUUUUGUGUUCUUGGGCUUGUUUAUUUUCUUCAGUCGUGUCUUUGCUAGUAAAUAAAAUGUCACUGUAAAACUGGUUUGAAUCGGGCUGCAUGAGAUGAGCAAUCAUUUAAAAAAACUUCGAAGGAAAGGAUAAUUCAGGGUUCUGAGACUGUAAAAAUCAAAGUGAUUGUCUUAAACAAAGCACAGUAAUACUGUACAUCCAAAAUAGUGCUUUCUGAAUUGAAAAAAAAAACAUUUACAGGGCUGAAACCAUCAAAAUGCUGACAGUAAGAUAGUGCUUCAAUUGCCUGGCUUUCAGUGUUCUUCCAUACGUACUGUGUUAUGUGUGAGAGAAAGGGUGAGUGAGGGAAAUAGCUGUGUGCAUGUGUGCAGCUGUUUUUGUGUGAUGGCGACAUAUGCAUUCUUUGCUUGCUUUUUUUCCACAUCUGAUUGAUUGUGUAAUUGAUUUCUUGAUAUAUGAGCUGAGUCAUAAAAGUUCCAGGACAUUAAAAGAUAUGGUUCAAGGCCAAACUACAAACUUCGAUGUGGUACAGUCAAGCAGCAUAUCUACAAGAGAUUGUGCAGCAUUUGCUUCAUUCAGUAUGACAGAAAAAAGUAGAGCUGUGGCAGGGCUACACGUGGCGACUUCUCCAGGAUGGUGCCCCUGUGACGACUUCCCCAGGAUGGUGCCCCUGCUCACAAUGCCCUGAAGAAGAACAACAGUUCCCGAACAUUGCCGUGAUGGGACAACCUUCCAACUCAGUCAACCUGGCUCCGUGGGAUUUUUUUUCCCCCUUCCUUCCCAAGUUCAAGGCGGUCAUCCAGGUGACCUGUUUUGAAGCCGUUAUGUAGAUGACACCAAGGUGGCUGUAGUGAUGGAGAUGUGAAGGAUCCUGGUCGAAGCCUUCCGGGACUGCUUGGCAGUGAAGACUGGGAAAGGGGAAAACUUGUGGUUUGUAAUUAAUGUAUAUCUUUUGUGAAACCGUUUUGACAUAUGUGGAAUGAUUAUUGUUAAUCUUGCAAUCCUACUGAUGAGGAUAGGUGUCAAUGUCGCCAAGGCAACAUUUGUUUUGUAUGCUGAACCUGGCCCAGGUAGUUUGUUUGAAGAUGCAUUUGAUGUACAUGUGCUUUUUACUUUUUUUCUCUUUUUGUUUCUCUGCUACUCUGUAAUCUCUGAGAUGGAGGUCAGAUACGGUUAACAACUCUGGACCCUGUGGCGUCAACACAGGUGAUAGCGCUCUCUUUGUUCGCUCGUAUCUAGCAUGGCAUCAGAAUGCUUUUCUAUCUCCUCACAGAUGAUCUGAGGGCUGUUGGUUGGUACAAAGAAAGAUGUGGCUGUGACUUUGAAAGCUACGAAAUUGUGUUGCAUUGUUUAUUGUCAACAGA